GUACUUCGAAGCCAUGCAGCUGAACUUCCGACAGCGUCUGCAUGUUGAACAGAUAUUCGACUUGGAGAAUGGAGAGUAUCUGUGUCCACUUUGCAAAUCUCUCUGCAAUACUGUGAUUCCUGUUGUUCCAUUGCAGGCUCAAAAAAUAAACAGUGAGGAUGCAGAGGCAGUAGCUCAAAUUUUGUCCCUGGCUAAGUGGCUGGAAAUUAUCAUAGUCAGGAUAUCAGGCUACAGUGUGAAAAAUGCUAAAGAAGGAGACAAACAAAAUCUUCCAGCUUUCACCAACAAGGGAAUGGUAAACUCUACUUUGGAAUUCCAUUCCAUCCUUAGUUUUGGAGUUCAGUCCUCAGUUAAAUAUUCAAGCAGUAUCAAGGAGAUGCUUAUUCUCUUUGCCACCACCAUUUAUAGAGUUGGGCUAAAAGUUGCUCCAAAUGAAGCUGACUACCGGAUUCCUGUGAUGACCUGGAGCACAUGUGCUUUUACCAUCCAGUGCAUAGGUUCUGAAGAAGGGCAAUUCAAGGCACUUUGUAGUUACCUCUCUCUACCUACCAAUUUGUUCCUGCUCUUCCAGGAAUAUUGGGACACAGUAAAUCCACUGCUUCAAAGGUAUCUUCGGAAAAGAAAUAGUUUAAUAGAGCUUCCUGAAGACUAUAGCUGCCUUCUGAACCAAGCCUCUCAGUUUAGAUGCCCGCGGUCUUCUGAUGAUGAACAAAAACAUCCAGUAUUGUGUUUAUUCUGUGGGGCUAUGUUGUGUUCCCAGAAUACUUGCUGCCAGGAACUGGUGAAUGGGGAGGAGCUGGGAGCCUGUACUUCUCAUGCUCUUCAAUGUGGAGCUGGAGUCUGUAUGUUUCUCAAAAUCAGGGAAUGCAAAGUUGUCCUCAUUGAAGGUAAGACAAGGGGCUGCUUAUAUCCUGCUCCCUACUUGGAUGAAUAUGGAGAAACAGAUCCAGGUCUGAAAAGAGGCAACCCCCUCCACUUAUGUCGGGAGCGUUACCGGAAGCUCCAUUUGCUGUGGCAGCAACACUGCAUCAUAGAGGAGAUCGCCAGGAGCCAAGAAACGAAUCAGAUCUUCUUUGGAUUCAACUGGCAACUGCUCUGAGUCUCUUGCUUUUUAGUGAAAACUCUUACCUUUGGCAGUGCUUUGGAAGAGGAAAGGAGGUAGCAGUAAAUAAUCUACUCUCAAGUGGAUUCUGUAGUUCAGACACAAUUGAUGGUUUCUCUAGGUUGGAUGUAUUACUGGUGCAUUGAAGCAGAAUCUCACAUCAUAUGUUUUGCUCUUUUUAUUUUCCCCAAAAAAGGAAAACCACAUUACAGAACUAUUACUAUACGUUCAGGUCCAGAUGUAUUACCACCCUUUUGGAGGAGUUGCAAUU